CGGACGAUGAUACCUGCACCAGCGAAAUUGGUCGGCGAUGAUCCGUUGCGUCAGUCCAGUUCUUCACACAUUACCGAACCACAAUUGCCGCAUCGCAACGCAACGCAGGGAUGGGAGGAGGACAGAGUAGAAGAAGCCAAAGUAAGGAACAUUCUGAUGCGGGCGGCGUCAUCUGCCGGCCGGCCGCUGAUCGAUUGGCCCGAAGAAUCACAAAGCUUUGCUGUUUCGAAGGAUUGUGAUUUUAAUGGCGACAGGGAGUGGCUAGCUGUUGCUGACGACGCUCGCCCGAAUAAAAUUUCCCUUCCUGUAGUUGUCGUGGCUUUUUGAAAUUAUGCCGAAACCGAACACUCAAGUUCCGAUGGUCGUUGCCAGCGGCGAGUUCAACUUAUCCAUCUAUUUCAGUGGGGCCCGUUCAUGGCAAACCAGAGAAGGAGCGCAGACUUAAUUCACUAAGCAGAGGUAGACCAAGAAGAAGAAGAAGGGGAUACAUCUGCAUUUCUCCUCUACUCUGCCGAGAUGGCGGAUCAGCAUGGAGGUUACAACGUGGAUGAAGCUCUCCUCUCCGUGGGGUUUGGAAAGUUCCAAAUCUUUGUCUGCCUUUAUGCUGGUAUGGGUUGGAUUUCAGAAGCAAUGGAGGUGAUGAUUCUCUCGUUUAUUGGUCCAUCGGUGAAGUCUCAGUGGGAUCUAAGUGCCAAUCAAGAGACCUUACUGUCUGUAGUGGUAUUUUCCGGCAUGUUACUUGGUGCAUACAUGUGGGGUGUGAUCUCGGACAGAUUGGGAAGGAGAUGUCUGUUCAGGAAUGGGUUUGUGGUCACAGCAUUCGUUACGUCUCUAGCUGGUUUUCUUAGUGCCUUUGCCUGGAACUAUGUUGUUUUGCUCAUUGCUCGUUGUUUGGUCGGUGUUGGCCUUGGAGGAGGGCCUGUACUCUUCGCCUGGUUCUUGGAGUUUAUACCUGCAACAAACAGAGGCAUGUGGAUGAUUAUUUUCUAUUCAUUUUGGACGGUUGGAACUAUUUUUGAGGUUGGUUUGGCAUGGAUCAUUAUGCCAAGAUUGGGUUGGAGGUGGCUGGUUGGUCUUUCUGCUCUCCCUUCAUUUGGUCUCCUUGUAUUUUACCCUCUGACACCUGAGUCCCCAAGGUACCUCUGCCUUAAAGGUAGAAAAGAUGAUGCUCUUAGGGUUAUGGAAAAAAUAGCAAAAUUGAAUAAGAAGGAACUGCCUCCUGGUGUCCUUCUUAGCGAUCGUGAAAUUGAGCUACAAAGACAAAUCUCGAAGCCAGAGGCAUCUGCCACUGAUUCGCUUUCUUCUGCCCCUAGAUGGAAAGAUUCUGACUUGGGUGUCAUUGAGACUCUACGGAUGUUGCUUUCUCCAAGAUUGAUUCGCUCAACCAUACUCUUAUGGUUCAUAUUCUUUGGGAAUGCAUUUUCUUACUAUGGCCUCGUUUUGCUCACUACUGAGUUAAACCGUAAAUCUCAUUGCAAUUCGAACGGAACACAAUCCAACAACAAGUCGGAUGCUGGCGUUGACUAUAAAAAUGUUUUCAUUACUACUUUAGCAGAAUGUCCGGGCCUCUUAAUAUCAGCUCUCCUCGUUGAUAGGAUUGGCCGCAAAAUUUCUAUGGCGACUCUGUUCUUCAUUUGUGUCGUGUUUGUUCUGCCACUGGUCAUCCAUCGAUCUCCACUUGUGACCACCAUUCUUUUAUUUGGGGCAAGAAUCUGCAUCACGGGAACUUUUUCAGUUGCCUCUCUAAUGGCUCCGGAGCUGUACCCAACAUCAGUCAGAUCAACCGGUUACGGAAUUGCAAACUGCAUGGGCAGAAUUGGUGGGAUGGUAUGUCCAUUUGCGGCUGUGAAGCUGAUGGAAUCAUGUCAUCAACGCGAGGCGCUACUGUUGUUCGUAGGUGUGAUUCUUGUUGGGCUGUUUUCAGUGCUGUUGAUUCCUUAUGAUACCAAGGGCCGCGAAUUGACAGAGAGCAUAGCGAGUACAAAAAACGAGAAGCAUCGCCAAGCGGUCUGAAACUAGGCACGACUGUAUCAUUUCUCUUCUGCUGCCUUAUGUUGAGAUAUCGAAUGGUAAAGACGGUGGCAUGGGACCAGUAAGUGAAGCAUGGUCCAGGGUAAUGGCUGAGACACAGUAUUUUGCUUGUCAAUGUCAUAUAGUACUGCUCUAGAACUUUACAGUGAUGUAUAGGUGGUCUCUGAGAGAGACGUUACAAGUUUGGUUUAACGAAUAUUUUGCGCGUGUUUGUAUUGUAUGCAUACAAGUGGAUUGUGUGCGUGUGUGUGGUGUUUUAGAGUUGUGAUGUAUAGGUGUAUUUGAAGGCAACCAAGAGAGUAGAACGUGUCUUGGUAUCUUACAAGUGCAAUGAUAAGUCAAGAAAAUGUUGAUGAUAUCAAGAGUUACGUGCAACCAAGCGAUUAUGUCAUGAAUCAGUUGAUCUAGAUACUUCGAGUUCGUG